CCAUGGCGCUGAAUUACCACCCGUCGUGCUCCUUCCUGGCGAGCGACGACUGGUCGGCGGCCAUGAUGCGGGGCUGCGGCUGCUGGUCGGAGGAGGCCUCGCCGCUCUCCUCCAUCGGGGUCAACUCGCUCUGGUGGGACGACUUCGAGGACCUCGACCCCGUCGACCUCCUCCCCACCGACCCCUUCGGGAUGAACUUCGAGACCACGCUCACCGCAGCGCUCGCCACCUGCUCCGACCUCAGCAAGUUCCUCAACCAGGCCCUCGCGCUCACCAUGGACUGGAGCACCGCAUUCGAGGCGGCGGCCCCCUUUGCCCGCGCAGGCCUUUCUGGCGCCUCCAGCUCUCAGAGGCUCAGCGCCUUCGAGGCGGCCCCCUUUGGCCACGGAGGCCCUUCUGGCGCCUCCAGCUCUCAGAGGCUGCCUCCCCUUGCCUGCGGAGGCCUUUCCGGCAGCGCCGCCUGCGCUCAGAGUCAGAGGCUGCCUCCCCUUGCAGAGCCAAUUGCAUCAUCCGGGCAGGAGGACACACCUCCCACUGGCGAUGCUGCAUUGACGUUCCACGGCACGCCUGAUGCGGAUGGAGCGCCGCAUGAUGCUAUGGUGUUUGCUCUCCGCUACCUCGGCCUACGCGACCUCCUGGCGGUCGAGAUGGUGUGCAAGUCCCUGCAUGCCGCUGUCCGCGGCGACGACUCCCUGUGGAAGUGCAUCCACGUGGAGCCGGUCCUCAGCGCCAAGAUAUCUGAUCCCGAUCUUCUGUGCCUCACGCAGAAGAUACCCGGUGUUUUGCAGUGUCUCAAUAUCGACGACUGCAUACAUGUCACCGAUAAGGGUCUGAAUGCUGUUCUUGGAAGCAAUCCCAAGUUAAUGAAGUUGAGCAUUGCGCGCUGCCCACGGUUAACUUUAGAUGGUCUUAUUGCCAAUCUCAAGUCAUUCAAUAUGAAGGAAAAAUCUGGUAUCAAGAGCCUCAGAAUUGAUAAGAACUUCAAUCUGCCAGAACAGGAUUAUGAGGAGUUAUUAUCCUUGUUGAACAUCGACAAGAUGCAGGAGUUGCACAACCGGGCUCCACGGUUCCGUCAUGCUAACCACUUUUUAUCAGGUUGCGAAGACGGAUAUGCUCUUGAUAUUGAGAUGUGUCCUAUAUGUCAGAGCUACAAACUUGUUUUUGACUGCCCUGAAGAGGGGUGCAGUGACAGAAGAUCUGGAAAUUGCAGAGCAUGCGAGGUUUGCAUCAAGAGAUGCAGGCAGUGUGGAAGGUGCUUAGAGCGGAAUGAGAAGUUUGAAGAGAAGUUUGAUCUGGACUACCUUUGCUACAAGUGUCGAGGGGAUCCAGCUUCAUCUCUUGCUGUGGAGAAGGAUUUGGUCUCCAUUUUAUCCAGUGGAAGAAUACCUUCUCCUUGACCACAGGGGAGAGCAACAGUCGAUUUACAGCCAGUCAGUCAUCUUAGCAUAGCUACUACUGAUGGAAGAAAAGACAAAAAAAAAGGUUUGCUUAUCUAUCCAUGGAGGUGUGGUCGCUAACAUAUGCUACGUUGCAAAAAUACAAAAAAAAACUUGGUAAAUCCAGCAGAAAAAAAGAUGGUGUUCUAUUUAUGGCUUCACCAGCGACAAUAAGUUCAAUAGUGUAAAAGUACAGCGUGAAAAAUGGUGCCAGUGGGUUGCUUGAUGCUGCGGCUUCCUGGGAAGAUCGGAGAUUAACUUACUACUACUUCGCUUCCCACAAAUAAGACCUGGAGUAUAUGUUUUAUAUCUGUAUAUGCGUGAGCGUGACAUUGUAAUAGUUUGUCCUGGAGUCGUGGUGUCAUGUGAGUGGAUAGCUACUUCGAUAUAAACAAAUUAAUGUGACUUCUAA